AUGUUUUCACCCAACGAUAAGCUUCGUUUUAAAUCAAGAUGGGCAAAGAGAUAUCAUUCUUUUGGUAACGAUGAAGACAAUGAUACUUUUGAAAAGGAAUAUCCAUCCCAACAAGAAUAUUUAAAUCAAUUUCUUCGUUGGUCCUUUACAAACAACAGUAGUAGCAGAGUUGCUGAUGAGGAGAUGGAUCAACCUUCACCCGACGUGAUGAUUCAUACUUCAUUCCAUGAUUAUUAUUUGCACAAGAUCUUUCUCUCACGGAGUCGUUACUUUAGAGUUUUACUUCGGAAUGGACAUUGGAAACAAGAAGACUCUAUGAAUCUACCAACCACAUCCAAUGGUCUGAAUGGCGUGAUGAAUGCUUCUUCUGUAAAGUUUCCAACAGAGGAUCGUUUGUACACGAUUGAUUUUUCAAUCAUAGAAAGCUCCAUAAUUCCAAAUGAAGCCAAACUUAAUCGUCAAGCCUUUGAAGAGAUUCUCACAUACUUGUAUACAGAUCAUUUGGAUGAUUCGUUAUUUAAAUUACAGAGUAGUAGCGAUGACGAUGAAGAAGAGGAGUAUGACUCUGAUGAGUAUGAUUCAAAAGAACCGAAAAAGAGGAAAACAAUUGAAGAUGCAUCUUGCAAUGCUUUUCAAUUGUUGUGUCAAAUGAUUUAUUUGGCCAAAUUCUUAGAUUUGAAACAAUUAAUUCAACAACUCAAGAUGAAUUUGGAUGGAAUUUACAAGCUAGUGGCCAUUCAUUAUGGACAUGAAGAGUCAUCUUCUGAUUCUUUACAACUCCCAGCUCUCAAUGAAUAUGAUUAUAUGGAAUUUGCACUGUUUGUAGAACAAGUCUAUGGUCGUCGUUAUUCAGAAAAAAAGAGCGAUAACUUGUUAAAUUUUCCAACCUCUUUCCUUGAACAAGUCUGUUCACAGUUUUGCAUUCCAUUAUCCGUCAAAACGAAACUUUUGAAAGAACACUUGAAACAAAAUUUUGGAAUUGCACAACAGCCAAUUUCUGAGAGUGUGCUAUCUCAUUAUCGUUCUGUACUUUCUCAAAUUGAAAAGACAAGUAUUGAACGUUCGUUUUUUGUCUCGAACGAACAAAUUGAAAUUUUAAAGGAACAUUUUGGAUGGAAUAUUUCACAGCGACGUGAAGAUAUUCAAAAGAAACUGUCAUCAAAGAGUUUUAAUCCUAGCUCAAUAUUAUUUUCUGAAAGUUGUGAUGAAGAUAAUUAUCCAUCUGAGUUUGUAGCUCCUAAUACUGAAUUAAUCAUUAAUGUUGACUCUGGAAAAAAGAGUAGUCAUUUAUGGUGGAGUUUUUAUUUCAACUUUCACUUGGAUUCAGAAGAGAAUGGAGAAAAUAAAUCCUCAAAAACACCUCGAGGAGCGGUAUUUGUAUCCAGUACAAGCGGUGGCAAGACAAGAAUGAAUGUGUUUCCGUUGUCAUGCCGCGAUAUUGAUUUACACAAAUCAAAUGAUGCUUAUGGCUUAAGUUUUGACAUGAUUGUGUACAUUGAGCCAGAACUAGAAAAGACAAGCAAUGAGGAAGUUUUCAAUGAAUAA